AUGAAUUCUCACGAGAAACUUGAAGAAGGGUAUUCUACCCAAAGACCACCAAUGCUCAAUGGCAAGUUUUAUUCAUACUGGAAGAAUAGAAUGGAGAUAUUCAUCAAAGCUGAAAAUUACCAAGUAUGGAGAGUCAUUGAAAGUGGUGACUUCGAUGUAACAAAAACCAAUGCAAACAAAGAGGUAAUCCCUAAAUCAAUAGCUGAAUUUGAUAAAGAAGAUUACGAAAAGUAUGAGUUAAAUGCUCAAGCAGUAAAAAUAUUGCAUUGUGGACUAGGACCUCAUGAGCACAAUAGAAUCAUGGGUUGUAAGUCUGCAAAACAGAUUUGGGAUUUGCUGCAAGUAACACAUGAAGGUACGAAUGAAGUUAAACGUUCCAAAAUUGACUUACUAAUGUCAAAAUAUGAAAGAUUUGAAAUGCUACACAAAGAAUCCAUUCAGGAUAUGUUCACUAGAUUUACUAACAUUAUCAGUGAGUUAGAAUCGUUAGGCAGGUCCAUACCCAUUGAUGAACAGGUAAGGAAAGUCCUUAGAAUUCUUCCUCAAGAUGAGAGGUGGAGAUCCAAGGUCACUGCCCUGCAGGAAUCCAAGGACUUCACCAAGUUCAACCUUGAACAGCUCAAUGGUUCCUUGCUUACUCAUGAACUCCACCUUGGAGCCAACUCUGAAAGUUCCAAGAACAAGACCCUUGCUCUAAAGGCUUAUGAAUCAAGCGACUCUGAAAACGACGAUAUGGAAACUGCCAUGCUUGUACAGAGGUUCAGGAGAAUGCUAGGAAAAAGAGGAGAAAAGAACAGACGAGGACACCCAAGUUCCAAAGAAUUCAAAUGCUACAGAUGCGGUUCCAAAGAACAUCUUCUCAGAGACUACACAAGUCCUAAGGAGGACGAGAAAGCUAACUAUAAAGGCAAGGAACAGAACAAGUAUUACAAAUCAUCAUUCUCCAAGGAAGAUGUAAGAAAAGCCAUGAUGGCUGCAUGGGGAAACUCUGAUUCAGAAGAUGAAGAAGGUGAAUCCGUAGAAGAAACAGCCAAUUUAUGUUUGAUGGCCAAAACUGAUGAUGAAGCUCGUUUGAAGGAACUUGAAUCUGAGGUAUGGUAUGACUAUAGACAACUCAAACAUUUAAAUAAAGGAAAUCUUAUGGACAUUAUUCUGGAACUUCAAGAUGAUUGUAAAGAACUAAACAGGUCGAAGUUCCAAAUUGAUAAAGCUUUAAAAAUUCACAAAGAACAUAGCGAAUGGGUAGAUAAUAUGAAAAUUGACAUACAAACUAGAUUCUUUGACUUAUAUGGUAAAAAUGUCUUUCUAAAAGAACAAGUUGAAAAACUGAAACAUGAUAAUAUUCUGUUGAAUGUAGAAUUAGCUCAACUGAAACUUGGAAUUGACUCCCCUAACUCUGAAGUUCCUAUUGCAAGCCAACUUCCAAAUUUUGAGAAAUUAAAAUCUGAUUUGGAAGAAGUUAAAAUAAAAAAUCAAACCUUGGUGGAGGAACUUGCUAGGGCAAGGAAAGGCAAAGAAGUGAUUAAUAAUGGAAUUCCAUCCUGGAUAGCUAAUACUCAUAACAAGAAUAAAGAAGGACUAGGUUAUAAGAAGAAGUCUAGGAGAAACAAGAAAUAUGUGGAUCUACCUAGUCAAAAGCUAUGUUACUAUUGUGGUAGUACAGGGCAUCUUAAAGCUGCAUGUCCUAAAAGAAAUAAAAAUACUCUUAAGAAUACUGAGCAUGUUGAACAGGUUCCAGUGAGGGGGAACAACACUUUGUACCUCAACAGUGGUUGUUUUAAGCACAUGACUGGAGACAAAUCUAAAUUUCUCUCACUGGUAACUCAUAACAACAUCAUUCUUGAAGGAACCAGAAAAGGGAACAUAUAUAUUGUGGAUCUCAAUGAAGUUCCAAGUAGUAGUUUGACUUGUCUUAGUGUCAUUGAGAAUGAUCCCUUAUUAUGGCACAAACGAUUUGGCCAUGCUAGUUUAUCUCUGCUUGAUAAACUUAGAUCAAAAGAACUUGUGGAAGGACUUCCAUCCAUCAAGUUCCUAAAAGAUAAAGUAUGCAGUGCAUGUGUAAGAGGUAAGCAGACACGAAUAUCUUUCAAAUCUAAGAAUAUGGUAAGCACCACAAAACCAUUGGAACUUAUCCAUAUGGAUUUGCGUGGUCCUAUGAGGAUACAAAGCAGGAGUGGAAAAAGCAAGGAUGAUACGUUAGAUCACUUUGUUUCCUUUGUGAAGAAAGAACAGAGAAGAACAUGUCAUAAAUUGAUUCACCUAAGGUCAGAUCAUGGAACUGAGUUCGAAAACUCAAAAUUUGAUGAGUUUUGUGAUGAACAUGGGAUGAACCACAACUUCUCUGCUCCCAGGACUCCACAACAAAAUGGAGUAGUUGAACGGAAAAACAGAAGCUUGGAAGACAUGGCAAGAACUAUGCUGAUUUCCAGUGGACUGCCUAGGAACUUCUGGGCAGAAGUAGUGAACACAGCAUGUUACAUAUUGAAUAGAGUUUCUAUUAGGGCAAUAACCAACAAAACACCGUAUGAACUAAUUAAAGGAAGAAAACCAAAUAUUUCUUAUCUUAGAUCUUUUGGCUGCAGGUGCUUUGUACACAAUAAUGGAAAGAGAAACUUGGGAAAGUUUGAUGAAAGAAGUGAUGAGGCUGUAUUCUUAGGAUAUGCCUCAAAUAGUAGAGCUUACAGAGUUUAUAAUAAAAAAACAAUGUGUGUUGAAGAGUCUGUACAUAUAAUUUUUGAUGAAACUGAUUUUGUGAUUGAUGUACAAGAUGAUGAUGAUUUCGAGAUAGGGUUAGUAAGAAGACAUGACCUGAUGAGGAAUCAACAAUAUCCAUGA